GUCAGCGGAUUACGAGGCGCGAAGUUGUAAGCACAUCGAUGAAACGUAUUACGGUAACCGAUGCUGGUCCUUGAAUCCGUUUCCAAUGCUUGUUCGGUAUUUCCUCAAUUAGGGGUCUUCAUUCCUGAAUUUGCUCAGCUUUACUCAAACCCCAACUUUCCAUCAUGACCAAGAUCGCCAUCGUGUACUACUCCACCUACGGCCACGUUGCCAAGCUCGCCAACGCUGCCAAGAAGGGCAUUGAGUUCGUCGGCGGAGUUGCUGCCACCAUCUACCAGGUGCAGGAGACGCUCCCGGAAGAAGUUCUGACCAAGAUGCACGCUCCUCCUAAGGGAGACCACCCCAUCGCCACCAUCGACACGUUGAAGGAGGCCGACGGUAUCCUCUUCGGAUUCCCGUGUCGUUCUGGCUCGAUGCCGGCACAGGUAAAGGCGUUCUUCGACUCGUGCGGUGGCCUGUGGGCUUCGGGUGCGCUGGUAGGUAAGACUGCCGGCCUUUUCUUCAGUACAGGUACUCAAGGUGGCGGCCAGGAGACGACAGCGUUUACGGCGGUGACGUUCCUGGCGCAUCAGGGUAUGACGUACGUUCCUCUCGGAUAUCGUGGCAAGGAGCUGCUCAACAUGGACGAGAUGCACGGUGGCUCUCCGUGGGGCGCUGCACACUGGCCAAGAGUGACGGCUCUCGUCAACCGUCGGAGGUGGAACUGGCUCUGGCAAUUACGCAGGCUUAAGGCAGGUGAACUCAGCAUGCUCAAGCUUAUUUCCUAA